GCGGGAGCGGCGGUGAUGGACGGGUCCGGGGAGCAACCCAGAGGCGGGGGGCCCACCAGCUCUGAGCAGAUCAUGAAGACAGGGGCCCUUUUGCUUCAGGGUUUCAUCCAGGAUCGAGCAGGGCGAAUGGGGGGAGAGACACCCGAGCUGGGCCUGGAGCAGGCGCCCCAGGAUGCAUCCACCAAGAAGCUGAGCGAGUGUCUCAAGCGCAUUGGAGAUGAACUGGACAGUAACAUGGAGCUGCAGAGGAUGAUCGCGGCCGUGGACACAGAUUCCCCCCGAGAGGUCUUUUUCCGAGUGGCGGCCGAAAUGUUUUCUGACGGCAACUUCAACUGGGGCCGGGUUGUCGCCCUUUUCUACUUUGCCAGCAAACUGGUGCUCAAGGCCCUGUGCACCAAGGUGCCCCAGCUGAUCAGGACCAUCAUGGGCUGGACACUGGACUUCCUUCGAGAGCGGCUGCUGGGCUGGAUCCAGGACCAGGGUGGUUGGGCCCCGCCUCCUGCCACCGCAGAUUGGCCGAUUGCUCUCCCUGACCGUCCCACUUCCGAGGGCCCGCGCGCUAUAAAAGAAGCCGCCUUGGCCACAGCCGCUUGCAUUGCGCUCGGCGGUUCCCUGGAUCUGUGUUUUGCUCCAACAGUGUUUGGACGGAACAGACCCAGGGUCGCCCUUUCCCCAGCCUCUGACCACCCUCCAAUCUUCGGCGUCAACCACUCAGCUAUCCUCGGUCACCGGGACCAGCCAACACCAUUCUUGAGCCGAACUCCUUAUUACCGAUCAACCAUGAGCUCCCAGAUUCGUCAGAAUUAUUCCACCGAGGUGGAGGCCGCCGUCAACCGCCUGGUCAACAUGCAUCUGCGGGCCUACUACACCUACCUCUCUCUGGGCUUCUAUUUUGACCGCGACGAUGUGGCUCUGAAGGGCGUGGGCCACUUUUUCCACGAAUUGACCGAAGAGAAGCACGAGAGCGCCAGGCGUCUCUUGAAAAUGCAAAACCAACGCGGCGGCCGCGCCCUCUUCCAGGACGUGCAGAAGCCAUCUCAAGAUGAGUGGGGUAAAACUCAGGACGCUAUGGAAGCCGCCAUUAACAUGGAGAAGAACCUGAACCAGGCCCUUCUGGAUCUGCAUGCCCUGGCUUGUGCCCGCGCAGACCCCCACCUCUGCGACUUCCUGGAGAGCCACUUCCUAGAUGAGGAGGUGAAACUCAUCAAGAAGAUGGGUGACCACCUGACCAACCUCCGCAGGCUGGCUGGUCCCCAGGCUGGGCUGGGCGAGUAUCUCUUCGAAAGGCUCACCCUCAAGCACGACUAGGAGCCUCCGGAGCCCAGUGGCCUUUGAGGAGCCCCUCUGGUGUCAGGGCUUCUGCCUGAAGCCCCUCUCUGCAGCCAGUAGGCAGCUUGUUAACCACACUGGAGCCCUCUCCCCAGCCAUGGACCAAAUGGAAACAAUAAAGCUUUUUGCAGCA